AUGGAUCCCUUCAGUCUAACGGUUGGUACCUUGAGCCUGAUCGGGGCCGUCAAAUCAUGCCUGAAGCUGGCAGGGAAACACGUCGGGCCCUCCAAAUUCGGAGCCGCGGAGCCGGCCCUCAUCACCACGACACUGUAUGAAGCUCUCGGCAUUCUGACCAACCUUCAAACAUACAUGGAGCUUCAUGAAGAGGAUGACCGACAUUUACAAACACUGGUUCAUCUGGGACCUGUCAUGGAACGCUGCCAACAAGCUUUACAGUCAAUCAAGGCCUUCAUGCAGGGCACGAGCACACUCGACAAGAUGUGGAAGGGCGCAAAGUUUGACAAAAGUUUCAAGAGUGUUAUAACUGCUGUUGAAGAAAGCAGCAAGCUCUUCAAGUUGGCGGUCAUGGCGGACCAACAAGCACUUAUGCUCGGCGUGGGAAGAUAUCUCCACGAGAUUGGAAAGGAUGUUGAAACGAUCAAGAUAGGCCAGGAGGAGGCACAGAACGGCAGUUCGUAUGCCAUGGUCAGGGCAUGGCUCGGUGUGCAGGCCGACAAUGACAUGAACAGCCAGCGCCACCAGGACCAUGGUCGUUCGCGUUACCCUGAAAGUUGCGAGUGGCUCGACUCGCACGUCGAUUUCGCCCAUUGGAUAAACAGUCCGCCAUCUUCAGACAGAGUGGCUGGCAUCUGGCUGAAAGGCUCUCCAGGUGCCGGGAAAUCACAUGUAUGCUCCAAGGCGAUCGAAACUGUGGCCAAAACGCAGGAUGUGUGUCUUUACUAUUUCUACAGCUUCGACUAUCAGUUUUCAACAUCGCCUCAGCCCAAAAAUGCAGCGAAUGAAAGCAAGCUACGGAUGGCGUCACUCCUGAUCGACCAGCUGUUGCGCAUCAUGUGGAAAGAAGAUCCAUCCGUUGCUAAUCGCGUCUGGAAUUUCGUUGAAGUCGAAGCGAAGAACACGAAGACACUUGCCCAAGUUGUCCAAAUUCUUUUGAAGAAUCCGCCCCAAGAAGGAAGUACAGUACCACAACAGGGUCAGGGCUCACCCUCCCCGCGUCGCAAGAUCUAUCUCCUUCUAGAUGGUCUGAAUGAGACCCAGGGUUCUUUCACUGGGCAGGAUCUUCUGAAUGUGGCUUUGGAUCUAUUCCGCGGCCUUGAAGACGAAAUGACCAGGCUGAAUCCGACGUUCGUGAACACCUUGCUCGAGAGGUUCCGAAGACGAUGGAUACCAAUUUCGGGCUCAUUGACCAUGAGAUUCGUGGAAAACCCUGUCAUGGUCGCAUGGGUACUCGACACGCUUCAAACGAGGGCCAAGGGCAACUUUCUCUAUGCCAAAUUGGUGAUGGAUCUAUUGGAUGAUACCAUCAGCCCGGAUGACUUGAUUUCUUUCCUCGACUCAGAAAUUCCGGAUGCUUUCACAGACAAGUACGAACGCAUAUUCUUUCGAUAUCAGAAAGCCAAGCAUAAAUACGUCAGGAAGGCAGUGACUACUUUAGUCAGCUCCAGUAAUUUCCAGACCCUACUACAGGUCCAGAGCCUCAGUGUUGAUGACCAAUUUGAGCAGCUCCCAUUCGGAAUUGAUGAAGAUGAGGUUAUGGAGAUGAUGCAGCGGGAGGGCUAUCAUCACCUCCAUCGGCAGUCUUUCCCCUCCUGGCUCUUUAGAGAGAAGAACAGAGUCAUUGAGGGAUACAGCUCCUAUCGCGGACAAUAUCGACAUUUCGUCAAUGAAUGGGGCUACUUGCUUACACGGGCAACCUCGCCUUCCGACCAGGACUACUUCCCUGGCGAGGUUGAGCGAUGUCUUUCUGGCAUGAUGGGACCAUCGAGCUUCCUGGCCGACAUGAAGGAGAAGUACCCAAGUUUCAUGUUGAGCCAGGAGCCGUUCGACUGUCUAGAGUCAAGCCCGCGUGUCCUGACAGAGAGGCUAUCUACUGCGGGCGACCAAUUCUUGGUCAUUUCCACAGUUCCAGGGCAACGUAGACACCUUCGAGCCUCUUUUGCGAGCGAUCACGACCCAUUGCCCCUGUCCUUCCGCAUUGAAACGUGGGAUCUGAGGGAGGCCGCUAUACCAAGCCUGAUAUCGACCAGCAAUAUUUCUGCCGCUAACUUGAGCGGCGCAUUUGGUCCAGCAGCGAGCAUGGCCGUCACUCUCAAAGAUGACCUGAAGAAGUCAUACAUCUUGCUUGACGAUUUCGCUAUCCCAAACCAGGGAGAUUCAAAACCUCUACUCCUGCAUGAGAAACAACGCCAGCACGAUCUGGAAAGCAUCAGCUUUGAUUUUCGAACGAGAGGUCGUAUCGUUGUGUCAGCCAGAAGGAGCAAGUACAAGUCCAAGGCAGCCCCGCAGCGACCCUCGCAACACCGCCAUGGGGAUAAAGGGGCAAUUAUCGAAAGUCAUGGGGACUGCAGCAGCACAGAUUCUGAUGCUUCAUUAUCUGAGCGCGAAGACGUCAACGCAGCAGAAGAGACAUGCAGCGAAGGUUCCACAGAAUUCGAUUCGGCCGAGGAAAGUUCAGACGAUGGAACGGGUGAGCGCGAUGAAUCCUCCUCGGGCGAAGAUGUUGCGUCUCCAGACACUGCAAGUGAGGACUCGAGUGACGGCUCCUACGACAGUUCCAGUAGCUAUGAUGAGGACGGGUACCCAAAGACCGACCGGAAAGCAAGUGACCAGAAGCGGAAAGGGACAUUUGCGAGCGGGGUCAUCGAAAGCGAUUCUGCAUUUAGAUGGGAAGUAGAGGAGACGACGCGGACACGUGAAAGACGCAUGCCGCGUCUGUCGGAACGCAAAGAUAUGAUUCAUGUCUCUCUGAGCGUAUACGACAUACGGUCAGGCGAUCCAGUUCGCCUGUUCCACUUCCAGCAGGACUUACCCGUCAUGCUCUACAGCUCACCACCAGCUCUGCACCCCUCCAAGUCGCUGGUAGCAUGGCCCCUCGGAGGCGGUGAUGUUCUCUUUGCCGAUUACAUGGCUAACACUUACUUCAUCCGCGGCGCGGUUCCCAACACCCAGGACAGUCGACAUAUCACAAUGCAGAGCCAUUUCUCAGCAUGUGGGAGAUACCUGCAUAUCGCCAGCAUCGAAGCACGUAUUGUCGAGAAACACAAGCCAAAGUCAAACCGUUCCGGCCAGGAGCCCGGCAGCAACAGCCUCCUCGCAAGCAAUUCGGACCAGUCAGCCACUGUAAGGGCCACAGGUCCCAACCUGCGCAGCCAAGAACUGGUCCUCUCAGCAUUCGUCACCACCCAUCGGCUGUCCGGUUCCAAAACGACGCGCAGCCCCCCGCGACUGAUCCACAGGGCCAUCGUGGGACUCGGAAGAUACGCAGCCCUGUCUCUUGACAAUCUCCCCAUCACCUUCAGCUGGGCACCGAAGCACGUAUACCUCAGCCUCAGUGGCCACCGCCUCAACGUAAUCCGCAUCCGCCUCUCCCGAUCCAGCCCGUCACCACAAGAGCCCGCCGACCCCGCCGCGUGCACGCCCCGGCUGCCGGUGAUGCUGCCUCUCUCCGCCACCGGCCGCCAGGUGCACUACCUGCCCCCUCCACCCGCCGCCAGCGACGGCACGAGCGCCACCGCCGGCGUGGACGCGCGCGGGAUAGUGCUCAUGGGCAGCUACGGCGGGUACGGCGACCGUGUGCAACUCCGGCCGUCGGCGGAGGUGCCGCACCGGGACCACCACGGCGUCGACGCCGGCCACACCAUGCCGUACCCUUGCCCGGCGGUGGGCUUCUACGUGGAUGAGGAGCGGGACUUUGGCGGCUGGCUCCCCUAUGAGGCGGAAGGCACUGGGGCCCCGGCUCGCGGUGAGAAAUUCCGUGAUGGCCGGCUGGUCCAGCGCAAGAUGGAGGGGUUCGGCGCACAGGAUGAUGUUGACUUGGAAGGGAUUUGCUUUUACUAG